AUGGCCGCUGGCGGCGUAUUUCAAUUUUCUACCCACUUCGCAACAAUAUUGUGGCAUAAGCAAUUUAUAUAAUACUGGGAAGACGGGUUUUAAAGUCAUACCAAAGUAAAGUAUCAUAGAUGAGUAUAGUACUGAAGUGUCGGGAGAUAGACAGUGCAGUUUAAAGUUAAAAAAUGUCGGUCCCGGCGUUAAGACAGCCUAAAAAAGUUCACAUCGAAGAGAAGAGAGCUCCAAUAUCAUAUGCGGAGCCGCAAAAUUAUUUAAUAGUAACUUUAAAUGAUGGGCAGAAGCUUGUAGUCUCUUCUGAUGCUUACCACGGUAUGUUGACGGCGGGAGAGCUGUUUCGUUGCGUAUUUUGUGAAACAGAAAUGGUCAGAGACGUAAUUUGCAAAGAGCGUCACAAAAGUUCGGAGAAUCAUAGAAAAAUCCUCGAGAGUUACCCUCAUGUUGAAGAAUUUAAGGAGAAUUUGAUCAGAAAGUUAAGCGGAGGAGGUCAUUAUUGUACAGUCUGUAAUGUUAUAGUAACAUCUCAUUUCAUACACAAGCACAUCUCUUCGGAUGUCCAUCACCGUGAACUGCAAAUGGCUUUAGGACGAGCAACUUCAUACAAACCAUUCAAUUAAACAAAUGUACUAUAUCUAUGUGGUCAACAUCAAAAGUAGCAGAACAAAUCAAAAUCCAUAACUUGGGUUCUUGUGGUUCUUCUGGGUCUGGGUAACUGGGUUUGAGGAGAUCAGAUAAGCAUUCGCUACUUGUUAAACACUGGUACUCAGCUGCAUCCGUAUAGACUGGCAGCUGACCUCAAUAUAGUUAGGAACAAGGCUUUGGAAGAUGAUGUUGAAAUCAAAACUUUCAAAAGUCCCUAACAAAGUAAAGUACCUAGUAAAUUUUACUUAAGUACCAUAGUCAAACAAAGUAUGAAUUAAUGAAUACUCUGGUAAUUUAUCAAUAACACAUGUUAAGCGGUUUUGAAAGAUUUGUUCAGCCACUUGAUGCUGAUUGUACUAACAUACUGUAGAAUAGAAAAAAAUAAUAAUCAACUUCCCAAAAAUUGAUUUUCUAAUGAUAUGAACUGAUUUAUGAAUUACCCCUGAUGGCUGGUCCGUCAACUCCUAUGUGAGACUGCUGAACCAAUUUUGAUGAAACUAUGGGAUAAAAUAUGGCAAAUGUUACUUGGGAAAAGUGUAGCUUACCAACUUUGUGAACGAAUUUAGACUAUUCUUGAGUAGCAAAUGCUAUAUUUUGUCCAGGUACAGAAGUUCCUCUGGGAUACACGGUAAAUAAUAGAAUAAAUGAUUUAAUCGUAAUUUAGAAUAUUGAGCCUUUUUGUAUCUCCCUCUGUCAAAGUAUGUUAGUGUCUAAGUCUGCUAACUGCCAUAUCCAAUAUUCUAUCUGAUUCGCUUACGGGUCCAUUCAAACAGACCGGCUUUUGGCUGCGCGAGCAUUAAAAAGCAUGCAAUCGGAGCCAAGCGUCGAGAAAAAGUACGUGAUCGGAGCCAGUCAGCUCCUCUUAUUAUUUCACACAGAGCGCCUUCGAGCAUUCUUAGUGACAAAAGCAGUGCGCAGUUUGCUCUUCUCUCCAAGCCCCUACUAAAUAUAGAAUUUUUACAUUUGCCCCUAACGAGUAUUGUCAAAGUCCGACCUCUAGUUACCAAAACAUCAUAGAAAGAAUAUUGGGAACUAACUUAAACUGCUUUGAUAAUAUAUAAUUUAU